AUGAAAGCGAGCAUUGCUACUUCAUUAGGCGUAGUGUGGAGUCAUAGUGGCCACAAAUGUAACAGACACAACCCAGAAGAUGAAAAGAUGCAACCCAGAAGAAAGAGAAACGACGAUGAGCCUGGACCUGGAGGUAGAUUCUUUUUAUAUGAGCUAGUGCACAAAGACACAUGUCUUGUUCUUAUCGCCCGCUCGUUCCUUGGCCAGAAACCGGCAAUUAUAAGACCCGGGAAGCUGAUCGGAAUGAGUGACAGAGUACGAGAACGCAAGACCAUCAAAAUGACGUGCAGAGUACAGGAGUAG